GUCGCUGAAAUGACUGCCACAAGCGAGUUGAUAUCUUCUACAACAUUGGCAUUCAUGGGAAUGGACUCGCCCCUAAACGGAACGAGCUAUGCCGGCUUCUUGCCUAUCAACGCCGACUCAUCUGCCACCAACUCUAAGGCUUCCUUCAUGCGCUUGUUAAUCACCUGGAUAAGUGGCUUCAUUUUGUUAAUUGAAUUUCGCCCAUGACGUGCCUACAAGAUUUGUACAUGUCCCUAUGUAUAAUAUAUGUUGCUCGUGGGCGAGGUUUACGUGCUGUGUUGUUGAGCUACAGUACCACAAUACUUCAC